GCUCCAGCUUCCAUUUCCAAGUACUUCCAUUUCAAAUGUUGACUGUGAUGAAUUCCAUGCCACUGUUUAGCCUCGCUCAUCAGUUACUCCGAUCUGUGAAGAAGAGGGAAAAAAACAAACUCUCAAACGGACAGUUACACCAACAAAAGAGCACGCACAAAGGCUUAUCCUCCGGGAACAAGAUCGUUCAUCACGAACAACAAGUGACCCCAAGGAUCUCCCCAGCAUCUUGACAAACCGCCGUUGUGGGGACGCCCAGGUACCAACCUCGCAUUUACUAUGUACACAAGAAAUUGACCGGGCUGAUCUGCUUACUUGCUUGCCUGCCAGUGUGCCUGCAGGCAUUGAUCGGCCAGUGUCCCGAGAAAUGACUGACGAACUCCAUCUCUUUCUUUCUUUCUAAUAUUUCGCUGUCGCUGUCGCAUUUCCACGGCAUUCUCACCGCAGCCGCUCUACACGCCCUCGCCCUUCAAGACCCGCGCCAGUCCGCUAUAGGGAGUUCCGCUUCGACACUUCAAGAUGGGUAUCAACAACCCUCUUCCGUCGUCACUUUCGUCGGAAUGUAAGAAGUGCGGUAAAAUCCUCGCCUCCUUCAUCGAGCCCAAACAAGCCUUUGGUCCCGACAAGGUGAUACCGCCAUCAGUGCUCGCGAAUGCCAAGGGUCUUGCUAUACUCACCGUCAUCAAAGCUGGUUUCCUCGGAUCUGCCCGUUUCGGUAGCGGCCUGGUAGUCGCCCGCCUCCCCGACGGCAGCUGGUCUGCCCCCACCGCCAUUGCUACGGGUGGUGCCGGCUUCGGCGGUCAGAUCGGUUUCGAGCUUACAGAUUUCGUUUUCAUUCUCAACGACGCGAGCGCCGUAAAAACCUUCGCCCAAGCUGGGUCACUUACACUUGGUGGUAACGUUUCGGUCGCGGCCGGGCCUGUCGGUAGAAAUGCCGAGGCCGCCGGAGCCGCUUCGCUGAGAAGCGUAGCGGGCAUCUUCAGUUAUUCCAAGACCAAGGGCUUGUUUGCUGGCGUGUCUCUCGAAGGUUCUAUGAUAAUCGAGCGAAAAGACGCCAAUGCAAAGCUCUAUGGUCGUCAGGUUUCCGCCAAGGAGCUCCUUUCAGGAGCCGAGCGCCCCCCGCCGCAAGCCGCUCCUCUCCUCAGCAUUCUGAACUCACGGAUUUUUGCCGGCAUGUCCUCUGGGUCUUUUGAUGACCGGAUGUAUAACGACCAGCCCGUCUAUGACAACACCCAUGACAGCGUGGUAUGGGGCGACAGGACAGGAAAUGCCUACGGCGAGGGCCAAACUCGCGAUUCCGGUUAUGGGGCAUCGGGUGGAUCGGGAGGACAAGCACACGACGAGUUUGGCCGGCCCAAGCGCGCUUCCACGUGGCAGGAUGAUGUGUACGACCAGCAGCCUCGUGGCUUCUCGAAUAACAGGGCAUCCGUACAGUACGGCCGGAAUGACACCAAUGGAGGUGGAUUCGGCGGCGGAUAUGGCGCGGCAGCGGCCCAGCAGGCGGCCGCCGACAAGAAGGUUGGCCCGGGGCGGCCGGCUGCACCGAAGCCAAAUUACGCGAGCAAACAAGCCUUAAUGAAGAAGAACGAGGCCGUUGCUCUUUACACGUUCAAUGCGGACCAACCUGGAGACUUGGGCUUCCAAAAGGGCGAGAUCAUCACUAUCCUCAAAAAAACCGACAGCGACAAUGACUGGUGGACUGGCAUGAUCGGCACAAGACAUGGCACAUUUCCCAGCAACUACGUAAAGAUGAUCGAGUAAAGAAAAAGUGGAUAUACCUAAGCAGCGAGGUUACGACAGGCGAUCUACGAUGACGACUCCUUCUGAGCUCCUGAACGCACCCGCGUGCAUAAGCAUACGAAGAGGACCACAGCAUAAGCCACAUGACCGUACUGGCCCUACUUAGGCAAACCAGGGUUGCUAUGUUCAUUGGGUUUUUACGACUUUUCUUGCGCUAUCUUCCCCCGUUGUUUUUAUUUCGGCGUUUUCUUUUCUAACGAUGACAUGCAUGGAAUUGGGUUUGCUUUCGUGUUUCUACGUUUCUACAUCUCUUUUGGGCGUUUUUGGGCUUUUCAUCAUGGCGGAGGAUCAGCAAUUUUAGUGAUGUUCCAGGUUGAGGUAUAUUUGGAUUGAGUGAAAGGCGAGAAGGGCGAUUUUUGGUCUCAUCAGACUGCGCAGCGGCACGUGUUUGGAAAGCAAGCAGAGACGUUGGACCGAAUUGGACCCUGAUGCAGAAUAUUAGGAUCAUCAUACCUCCAUUGUGCUUGAACGAAGACGGAAGAGAAAUGAUAUACCGUGAAUUCUUGUUUGUAUUAUUCACCACCUGAACGUCUCCCAUCUCUCAAGGAUGCAAUCUCGGCGGUCAAGAAACGGCUUUACCUACAAUGUUGUGAACAGAAAAAUAUCAUCAGCACUUCAGCAAACAAGUCAUGGAGCGCACACAAAAUUAAACGGUACUAGGCGUUGUAUGCAAAAUGUCAUAUAUACC